AUGUUCAAUUACCAACCUUUCAAAAGAUCACACUUAGCUUUGUUUAAAGUUUCAGCUAAACAACAAAAUCAGAUCAGUAUUGAUACCGAAGGACUGGAUAGCGUAAUUGGUUCAAGUUCUGAUACUGAUGAUAAAAAUGCUGAUGAAGAAAUACAUCGGUCUUCAACAAAUCCAGAAGCAUCGGCACAACUAUUACUAUUUGCAAAUCGACAACCACCAGUGAAACUUUUCAACAGUUACAGCCAACUUAUGAGUGCCGUAUGGAAUGCCAACGGAGAACCGUUUAAUGCAUAUGAGACAAAUAUUGUUUUUCGUCAAUAUCAUACCGCUGUACCAUUGCUGAGCGGAUUGGUUGCAAAAAUUCAGUUUGGUGGAGCAGUAAACCUGAAUCUGAAUGGUUCUGUUUACGUCAGCUUAUGGAAUCGAAAUGCUCAAGCAUCAUUGAUUGCAAAUGUUUCGGCAUCAUUGGAAGGUUCUAUAAAAUUAUCGUCAGCCCAACUGCAACUUGGUGAGACAGCAUUUCGGACUGGAAUGACUGGUUCGGUAACCACCGAUUUACAUGUUGAUUUCGCACAAGAACCGUAUCUUUUCUGUACAGUUGUCGGCCAAGGACCACUACAAACUUCACAUCUGUUUAGUCGAUCUGUUUACCAGAAGCAUCCAUCAAAACGUCUUCGAUGGAGCCGAACAGAACAACCGUAUUGCUAUGCAUUAAACGAUGCAACCACCAAAAUGUGCAGUCUUUUGCCGUCAAACCAGGACGGUGAAGUAUAG